AUGGUCAGAAUGAAUGUGGUGUGCGUAUUCGAGCUGAGGAUUGGUAUUAUAGAUGCUUUUGCGUAUGACAAAGCUCCUAAUGCAUCAAAAUGUGCUUUCUCACUUGAAAUGGGAGGUCGUGGUGGUGGCUACAAGGAAUUGGAUGAACAAGAAUUAGAGGAAACAAAGAGACGAAGGAGUGAGGCUGAAGAAGUCUCUGACACUGUUGUUGAGCCAUAUAAUGCAACGCUCUCUGUGCAUCAGCUCGUUGAAAACGCUGACGAGUGUAUUGUUCUCGACAAUGAGGCUCUCUACGACAUCUGCUUCCAUACCCUCAAGCUUUCUGACCCCUCCUUUGGUGAUCUGAACCAUCUCAUCUUGGCUACAAUGAGUGGUGUUACAUGCUGUCUUUGUUUCCCUGGUCAACUCAACUCCGACCAUAGGAAGCUCGCUGUGAACCUGAUCCCUUUCCCAAGGCUCCACUUCUUCAUGGUGGGUUUUGUUCUGUUGACAUCGAGAGGAUCACAGCAAUACAGUGCCUUCAGUGUCCCUGAGCUGACCCAGCAGAUGUGGGAUGCGAAGAACAUGAUGUGCGCUGCUGACCCUCGUCACGGACGAUACUUAACUGCAUCCACUGUGUUCCGUGGAAAGCUGAGCACUAAGGAGGUUGAUGAGCAGAUGAUGAACAUCCAGAACAAGAACUCAUCCUACUUUGUGGAAUGGAUCCCGAACAACGUCAAGUCCAGCGUCUGUGACAUUGCAACAUUAACUCUUAUAAUAUUUUUAUAA